GUUUUAGAUGAAAUUCAGGUUUCCCAUAAAAUUUGAGAUUUCUCAUUGGGGUUUCAUGAUUUCAAAUUUCUCAUUUUUCAUAAAGUGAUUCAUCUUCUUUUACAAAUCAGCUAACCCUUCCCCACUAGUGUAUCUCCCUGGAUAGCAGCACUUCUUUUACAAAUCAGCUAACCCUUCCCCCACUAGUGUCAUCUCCCUCGAUAGCACCACUGCGACAACAAGCACACUGCAAUCUUCUUUCUUUUAUUGCUGCACUACAACAUGCCUAAACGAGUUAAAUGAAAUCGAGCUCGAGUUUAAGCUCUAACAUGCUUCAUCGAGCCGAGCUCAAGUUAACAUUAUGUAACUUGAUUCGAGAGCUCAUGCAAAAUAGGAGUAGAGUCUGACCAAGCUGGGGGUCAACUGGGCUCGUGGCCGCACGCAUCCAUCGCCAAACAAAAACGUACGGUUCUCGCAGGAUGAGAAAAUUUUGAAGCACAAGCUGACACGUUUCUCUCUCUCUCUCUCUCUGUGUGUGUGUGUUGCUCGCUCCGAGGAAUGAAAUCCGUAGUUAGCAAAGAAGUCGAAGAAAGAAGAAGAAAAGGAACAAACAAAGUAGCGAAGAUUGGAGAUUAAAAUAAGGAUGGCUUGCUUGAAUGCUUCCAACUUCUGCACCCUUGCGAAUCACAAUGUCCUUCAACAACGGCAGAAUUUGGCCAGGAGCAACAGCUAUGCAUCCGUUACCGCCUUGUUGAGUGGUGGAGUCUCCAUCGAUAACAAUAUUCAUGGCCAUGCACGGCCUAGUCUUGGGUUCUGCUGGAGAGAGCCGUCUCCUCUGUGUCGUCUCGAUAGAUGGGGGCCACGGCCCUUCCCUGCCGCCGCUGCCUCACUCUCUGGUCCUAGUGAGGAGGAGGAGCAGGGUGCCUUCGGUUCAGAUGACUCGCCAUCUUCUUCUUCUUCUGUCGAUUCCUCGGAGGCCGUAGUUCGCACGGGUUACUACAUCAAACAGCAAACUUAUGCUGGAUUGGCACAAGAAAAGGAAGAACCAAUAAACAAAGAGGACAAGAAGAAUUCUAUAUUAAGGAAAUUGUGGAAGUGGAGAGGUUAUCAGAUUCGUUAUCAAUUUGCUGGACAUAGUGGACCUGCUUUAGUCUUAAUCCAUGGAUUUGGUGCAAACAGUGAUCACUGGAGAAACAACCUGCCUUAUCUUUCAAGUUCAUACAGAGUUUAUUCCAUUGAUCUUCUUGGUUACGGAUAUUCUGACAAGCCAAACCCAAAGCUGAAGGUCAAGCCCCUAUAUACCUUUGAGACAUGGGGGGCUCAACUGAAUGAUUUUUGUUCAGAAGUAAUCAAAGACCAGGCUUUUUUCAUAUGCAACUCCAUAGGAGGAAUAGUUGGCCUUCAAGCAGCUAUCAUGGAACCUAAGUUAUGUUGUGGGUUGCUUCUUCUCAACAUCUCUUUGCGUAUGCUUCAUAUUAAAAAACAACCAUGGUAUGCAAGGCCGUUGAUUCGAGCAUUCCAGAAUCUUCUAAGAAAUACAGAUCUGGGGAAAAUCUUUUUCAAGGCUGUCGCCACACCAAAGUCCGUGAAAAGCAUUCUUUCUCAGUGUUAUUAUGACAAGUCCAAGGUUACAGACGAGUUGGUCCAAAAGAUCCUUUUGCCGGGUCUGGAACCUGGUGCUGCUGAAGUCUUUCUUGAAUUCAUAUGUUAUUCAGGCGGCCCUCUACCUGAAGAAUUGCUUGGUCAAGUCCAGUGCCCAGUACUUAUUGCUUGGGGUGAUAAAGAUCCAUGGGAGCCAAUUAAGCUUGGAAAAGCAUAUGCAGACUUCGAGACAGUAGAAGACUUUGUCAUACUCCCCGAUGUUGGUCAUUGCCCACAGGAUGAAGCACCCGAUCUUGUUAACCCUCUCAUUGCAUCAUUUGUGGCCAAACAUGUUCCAAAGGAAUUCACUCUCUCUGCAGGAGCUACCUUGUAAUGGCUACAGCCUGGGCUGUGGUAUGAACAGCAACUGUGGUUUAUUUUCCCCGUACUUUGUGACCAAAGGGCUCUACUGCUGAACUAUGCCUUGGCACCAAACGAGGACAGGGAAAAUGAAUGCAGUAUCCACACCUUUAGUAAUGCAAGCAGUGGAUAUUUGUUGUUUAAACAGAGUCUUGAGGAAGAUAGCAGAGUAGGAGGGAGGAGACGAGAGAAGUGAGGAAGAAUUGGGAUCAAUUCCAUUCACAACUAAGGGCUUUAUAUUCCUUU